AUGGUUGUUGACGAUGCCUCGCCACAGGGGUCAUCAUACCCUGGCAGUAAUGACCCCGUCAACCCCACAUCCCAAAGCUCCGUGAGCCAAAACCCCGCAAUGGCGAGUAACUUCCACCUGGUUGUCAAGCCAGAGUUGGUCGUACGGCCCGAUGCUUUCACAAAACUGUUUGGCUUCUACGGAAACUAUAACUGGGAGCGCCAUGUGGCAUAUGCGCUGAUGGAGCGCGUGGAAAAUACCUGGGUCAUGGCCGGCCGGUCCCCGACGCAAGAUGAAUUCGACGCCUUUACCACCCAGGCAACGCGUGCCCUAUACUACCGAAAAAUGGGAUUGCCAAUUUCCUCUUUCCUCGGUACCGCAUACCUUUACAACGCGACACGGAAGACUGCAAAAUUGCCAACGACUGCCGGCCCACAGGAAGUCUUCAAGUUCCUCCGUAACUACGCCGUUACCGACAAAGCAGGCUUCCGGGGUUGGAUAUCUUCGAGUGCGUUCAAACUACUUUUCAUCAGUAUGACCGGCUCGAUUGCUACCUCUUUCUGGGCGCUGUGGACGGAGGCCCAGGUGGCACUUCAGGAUCCCCGGCUGAAGGAGUUCGUGGAGGACAUGAGACGGCAGAAGCCUGAAGACGUACGAAAGCGUAAGAUGCAAGCUGCGUCUGAACGCGUGCGCCGCGUUCGCGACGGUGAGAGGGACAUGCGUGGCCAGGUCGUUGCGGAGAUCGAACACCCCGGCUCUCAUGCCCAGGACGGAGACCAGGACCCUUACGCGUCCAGCAAUGCGAUAUCCGCAACUGCAUCCUCCGAUAACGACACUUCAUACGGCACCGCCCAAACCUAUGAACAGAGCGAAUCCGCCAGUGCCCAGCGCCCUGGGCCGGAGGCUCCACGCAGGCCGUGGGGCUACAGCGCCCAGAGUGCACCCCAGCAGCCCUCUAACGAGUCCUCUUCUGGCACAGACUUCUUCUUUGGUGGCAGCAACGAUGACGACGCCAGCCCUACGGCCCCGGAGUACCGGAACACGAACCCUGAUGGCUCGCCCAUUGGGAAUGCCUGGGAGCGCCUUCGAAGGCAGAAUGGGAUUCAAAGCUCCCCGCCGGCCCAGCCGCAAUGGGGCCAAUCUCAGGGCUACGCAGAGUCACCGACUUAUACUCCUUCCGGUGAUCGAGAUCGAUACGACCAUGGGAGGAGAAGCGAGAAGGAGCAAGCGCAGGCCGACUUUGAUCGGAUGAUGGAGGCCGAGCGUAACGCGGCGGCCGAAGCAUCGCCCCCAAGACGGGGCUGGUAA